AUGGGUGCUGGGGUUGGGGGGACCCCCGAGGUCACGGAUCCUGGGGUUCCCCAGAGGUGGAAGCAGGUGGCAGGAUUCUCAGAAUGGGGCCGGUACCCUCAGGCGCCUCCCCGCGGGCCGGGUCGGUGCGAGUGUGAGGGUCUUCCUUUGGUUACAGAUUAUGUGUACUUUGAAAAUUCUUCCAGCAACCCAUAUCUAAUCAGAAGAAUAGAAGAACUUAACAAGACUGCAAGUGGCAACGUGGAAGCAAAAGUAGUGUGCUUUUAUAGACGACGAGAUAUUUCCAACACGCUUAUAAUGCUUGCGGACAAGCAUGCUAAAGAAAUUGAGGAAGAAUCUGAAACAACAGUUGAGACUGACUUGACUGAAAAACAGAAACAUCAGUUGAAACACAGGGAACUCUUUUUGUCACGCCAGUAUGAAUCUCUGCCUGCAACACAUAUCAGGGGAAAAUGCAGUGUUGCUCUACUGAAUGAGACAGAAUCAGUACUGUCAUAUCUUGAAAAAGAGGAUACCUUUUUCUACUCAUUGGUCUAUGACCCUUCAGUGAAAACAUUGUUAGCUGACAAAGGUGAAAUCAGAGUGGGUCCGAGAUAUCAAGCAGAUAUCCCAGAAAUGCUCUUAGAAGGAGACUCAGAUGAAAGGGAACAGUCAAAACUGGAAGUUAAGGUGUGGGAUCCCAAUAGUCCACUCACAGAUCGGCAGAUUGACCAGUUUUUAGUUGUAGCUCGUGCUGUUGGGACAUUUGCUCGUGCCCUUGACUGCAGCAGUUCAGUACGACAGCCUAGCUUGCACAUGAGCGCAGCUGCAGCUUCCCGCGACAUCACCUUGUUUCAUGCUAUGGACACAUUGUAUAAACAUGGCUACGAUCUGAGUAGUGCAAUUAGUGUCUUAGUGCCACUUGGAGGACCAGUCUUAUGCAGAGAUGAAAUGGAAGAAUGGUCAGCUUCUGAAGCUAGUUUAUUUGAAGAAGCACUGGAAAAGUAUGGCAAAGACUUCAAUGACAUACGUCAAGACUUUCUCCCUUGGAAGUCAUUGACAAGCAUCAUUGAGUAUUACUACAUGUGGAAAACUACUGACAGAUAUGUGCAGCAGAAACGCCUAAAAGCAGCUGAAGCUGAGAGUAAACUGAAACAAGUAUAUAUCCCAACUUACAGCAAACCAAAUCCUAACCAAAUAUCUACCACCAAUGGCAAGCUUGGUGCUGUGAAUGGAGCUGUGGGGACCACGUUCCAGCCCCAGAAUCCCCUUUUAGGGAGAGCCUGUGAGAGCUGUUAUGCUACACAGUCUCACCAGUGGUAUUCUUGGGGGCCACCUAAUAUGCAGUGUAGAUUAUGUGCAUCUUGUUGGCUGUAUUGGAAAAAAUAUGGAGGCCUGAAAAUGCCCACCCAGUCAGAAGAAGAGAAGUUAUCUCCUAGCUCAACUACAGAGGACCCCCGUGUUAGAAGUCACCUGUCCCGGCAGGCCAUGCAGGGGAUGCCAGUACGGAACACUGGGAGUCCCAAGUCUUCCGUGAAGACGCGACAAGCUUUCUUCCUUCAUACUACAUAUUUCACAAAAUUUGCUCGUCAGGUCUGCAAAAAUACCCUCCGGUUGAGGCAGGCAGCAAGACGGCCAUUUGUUGCUAUUAAUUAUGCUGCCAUUAGGGCAGAAUAUGCAGACAGACAUGCUGAACUAUCUGGAAGCCCACUGAAAAGCAAGAGCACUAGGAAACCAUUGGCAUGUAUCAUUGGGUAUUUAGAAAUUCAUCCUGCAAAGAAGCCUAAUAUAAUUCGAUCUACACCAAGCCUGCAAACCCCAACUACCAAGAGGAUGCUAACCACUCCAAAUCACACAUCUUUGAGCAUUCUUGGAAAAAGAAACUACAGUCAUCACAAUGGCCUGGAUGAACUCACAUGCUGCGUGUCAGACUGAGUUAUCCCUGUUCUAUGCUACAACCCAAGACUCUACUGUCCUGCUGGUGGUCACAGAUGUGCCUGGGAAGGAGGCAGCUUCUUCAGUGGGAGCAGAGCUCUGUGUGCACCCUGUGGAGACCCGAAGAGGCAGAAAAGAAACUGUAGGGGUGCAUGUUCCAAACCUGCAUCUCCGUGGGACCCAGGGGCACCUUCCUUCCCUCUCAGAGACCUUGCUGUCCUAGAGAGACCUUCCUGAGGACUGAGGGCAGCAGGGAGCCACUGGCCUCCUCACUUGUUGGUGUCCACUUCCCCAGAGUGGGGGGCUUGGGUGAUGGAGGCUGCUGAGCACUCAGAACCCUGCUGCCCUGCAUGUGCCAGUCCCACUGUUUUAUGCUGUGUACUUAUGUACAGGAGGAAUGUGGCAUCUUUCUGAGUGGAUUUUCUUAAGACAUGUGCCAGUGUUUACACAGUUCAUAGUGUUCCCCUGUCCUUGCUGGUAUUUGUCGCUUGCCUUUUUCCCAGUAGGCUGCUUUCUUCUCCCUGACCCCCUCCCCUGUUCUCUUGCCUCUCCCCUCCCGUGGCUGCUUCCCGCUCAGUGGAAGUGUUGCUUUUCACCCCUGCAUCCUGUAUUCAUCUGCUCCCACUCCUCAGUGGUAUGGUUACCCCUGGGUCUGACAGAAGAGAAGGUUCUUGCCUUGGCCAGCCUGCACAUGACUCUCAGCAGCUCUAUUUUCUUUUGGAAGAGAGGCUGGUUUUCUACUUGGUCCUGGAGAGCUCUAGUGAGAGCAGGUGUUAAACAUGCCAAGCGUGUAUAUCACUGUGACAAGCUGUUUUCUUACUGCCUGUUCCCCCCUGCAACCAAGCCAGCUAAUGAGGAACUGCACCAAGGGUUCCUAUCAUGGGUCACUACUCACCCUAGUUUAUUUUACUCCUUAGGAGGGUGGAAGGGAGAAUCAUGUUUGCAAGUAUAAGUCUAUAUAGUCGGCUCCAAAACCUCUCUACCCCUCUGGCCCAGUAUGCUGUGAGCAUUAUGUUCUGAGGCCUCAGGAGACCUUCCUGCUUUACUGGCUUGGGCUCUCCCUGCCUGCCCUGGGCACUAGCCCUUGGUGACAUCCCAAUGGACCAUCUGUUGCAGGCAAGGAGUAACUCAAUGCCUGGUUGGUUCCUGAGCCUAGCCAUCUCCCUGCCUCCAUUAACAAAGAUGGUCUGCAGGGCGUAGGGUCAUAGCACUGUGACAGACAACUGGAGUCUGACCUUUCAGCUACCCCAGGAGCAGCAGCUGGAGGAGGAAAUGAGAUGCCCAAACAAGUUGUUGCAUGAAAGAAUGGCCCCCCUGGAAUUGGCCCCCCCAGCAAGAAUGAGGCAGCACAGAAAUGACAAGGAUAUCUACGUCUACGUCCUCCACGGCUGGCUCAACUCAGCAGAGAAUGAGGCGGUAUGGAUAGUUCCGGGUAGUGUGAUUGGGGUCAAGAUGCCUCAGUCUUGCCCAGUUUGGAGCAUGUUGGCUUCUUGAGGAAGAGCCGCUUCUCACCUUAGACCUCUGGGUGACCAAGGACAAGUUCCAAGUUCUCUGUCUCUGGAGCUGUCCUGUGGCUUGGCUUGAGCCCUGAGGGCAGGGCCUGUGUCAGAGGUGCUUCAUGAGACAAGUGCAGGUGGCAAGUGUUUCCUCCAGAUUCUUAUACAUAAAUCCCCUACAGCAAAGACCCUGGAUGCGAAGGCCAGCUAGCCUUUCUGGUAUUUCUUCUCUAAAGAAAAAGAAACCUCAGCACAGAUGUCUGUCUGUGAACUUGU